AUGCCCUCCAGCGUAACAACCACGCUCCAAAGAGCAAAAUCCACCCUCCAAAACCUCCUCCCCGGAUCCUCCAAAGCCCAUCUCGAAGGCCUUAACCCCGAACCCGAAGCCGCUGCAGCCACCGCAAAAGCUGAAGCCCUCAACGCCUCCAAACACCACAACAUCCAACACAGUGAUCUCGUACGCCUCCCGCAGGAACUGAUCGACAUGAUCGCAGAGAAUCUGCCGCCCCUUGGGCUUGCAGUUCUCGCUAUCUCGUGCUGCGCGAUGUACCGCAAGCUAAGGACGCGAUUGGCAGAGAAGCCGUGCUUCAGAAUUCCGAGAAAGUGGGAAGAUAUACUGGCGAUCGAGAAUGACGGGGCUCCCUCGCCGUAUGAAAUUUUGCAGUACCUCGAGAAUCAGCGGUGGAAGUACUGUACGCAGUGCUAUACGAUGCAUCCGCGCGGGGAGUUUGCAAGGAUCAAGAAGGAAUGGCGGAGGACAGGUAAAGAAAAAAAAGAAGAAGAAGAGGGGAAAGAAGAGGACUUGAUGCCCUACUGCGAGACUCCCGGGCUGGUGAGCAUCUGUCGGGAGUGGUCGAUCUCAUAUCGAGAGGCGAGGCGUCUCGUGAAGCAGAUCCGUUCCUGCUAUGUGCCCAGAGAAUGUGUUCUCGAAGGGCUCAAGCCUGAAGGGGAGGAUGCGGUCUGGUCGCCAUUUGAGAACUAUAUCCCAUGGAAGGAGUUCCAUCUGAAGCAGAAAUUGCAUGGAGUGACGGAAACCGUACAUUUGACCGUAAAGGUUUGCGUUGCGCUUGAGAGAGGAGUGUUGUGCUUCGGGGUGAUAUGCUAUGCCCGGUUAUGGCAAAUGCCACCAGAACAUUGCGGAAGCACUGGCUGA